AUGUUCCUGCGCACUGCUUUCACCAGAACUCUGGCCUCCACACCAACACGUAGAGCGGCUGCGAUCUCCUCCCACAUUUCCAAACCACUCCAAACACGAGCCAUGGCGUCCAUACCAAGCACCAUGAAGGGUGUGAUCAUUGAGAAGCAUGGCGGCACAGAGGUCCUCCAGUACAAGACGGACCUACCCGUGCCUCAACCAAAAGACGGCCAGGUCCUCGUCAAGAACGACUACAUUGGCGUGAACUUCAUCGACACAUACUUCCGCACAGGCCUCUACCCAGCUCCCCAAUUCCCCUACAUGCUCGGCCGCGAAGCCGAAGGCACCAUCGUCCAAGUCGGCUCCGGCGAAACACAAGGCCUCAAAGAAGGCGACAAAGUCGUCUGGAUGGCCGAAUCCGCAUAUGCCGAGUACACCGCCGCACCUGCCGCGAAGACUGUCAAGGUCCCCAGCAACAUGGACCCGAAGAUCGGCGCAGCGUCCUUACUGCAGGGUCUCACGGCGUUGACGCUGGUAAGAGAGGCGUAUCAUGUGAACAAGGGGGACUGGAUUCUGGUACAUGCCGCCGCGGGCGGUACAGGGUUGUGGCUGUGUCAGUUGUUGAGGAGCAUUGGUGCGAAUAUUAUCGGGACUGCGUCGACGAAAGAGAAGGUGGAGACGGCGAAGAAGGCGGGAGCUACGUAUAUGAUCAACUACAGCGAGGAAGACGUCAAGACGAAAGUCGACGAACUCACCGGCGGCGCCGGCGUCGCGGCCGUCUUCGAUGGCGUAGGCAAAGAUACCUUCGACCUCUCCCUCAGCUGCCUCGCGAGGAAGGGGUCAAUGAUUUCUUUCGGGAAUGCGUCAGGUGCUGUGCCGCCGGUUACGAUUGCGAAGUUGAGUCCGAAGAACGCGAGGUUGAUGAGGCCGACGUUGUUUGGGUAUCUUGUUACGAGUGACGAGUUUGAGGGGUACACGAAGGAGUUGUUUGACUUUGUGCUUAAGGAUAAGUUGGAUGUGAGGAUUCAUGAGACGUAUCCGUUAAGCCAGGUGGCGAGAGCACAUGGGGAUUUGGAGGGGCGGAGGACGAGUGGGAAGUUGGUUUUGGAUCCUAGUACGUAG